AGAGGGGAAGCUCGUUACCCUUUUUUUUGUGAAGUAUUUAUCCUGCGUAGUCCCUCAGUCUGCACUGGAUCUGGCUGCUGAAGGACAAAAGUGGGAGUUAAGGAAAUCAGUCUUAGUUAUAAACGGUAAUUAAGGUACAAAUAGAGAUUCUAGAGAAAACUGAUUACAAAAGCAAACAGCCGCCAUUCCAAACUCAGAAGAGAAGGAGGAGAUAGUUCAAGCGUGAAACUGGUCAUGCAGCCAGUGUGAGCUUUCUCUUGAAAUUGAAUGGUUCCUGCGAUGGCAGUUUUGGCAGGUGUCAAGCCUGGCUCUGGAAAAGGGCAUAGUGAAAGAAUGCUGUCCUGGACAGUUUUCCUGUUGACGUUGGCUGCUUGCACCUCAUGUUUUCUUUCAGCUUUGUCUCUGUACCAACUGAUGGACCUCAGAGCUGAGAUAGAACAACUUCAAUCAGACGUCUCUUAUGGGAGAGAAGAGGGACAAGACACCAGACACAGAGGUCAGAUGGAGAAUACAAAUAGCAUCAAAGAUUUUGUUCACCACCCUGAGUCGCCACAUGCCUUCAUCCAAACAAGGCGAAGGAGAAUGGUGUCUGGAGCAGAAGCGUCAAUUUCUCAGCCUUUCCUGCAGUUGUUGGCAAACGAUAGCAGAAAAAACUACGUGAAAGAAAUUUCCUCAGACGCAUACACAGGCAUCCCUUGGCAGCUUGGGUUAAAGAGAGGCUCAGCACUGGAGGCCGAUGGAGACCGCAUUUUAGUCCGAGAGGAGGGCUUCUACUAUGUGUACAGUCAGGUCUUCUACAGGGACAACACCUUUGCAAUGGGUCAUGUAGUGUUCCGGUGGAAGAGAAACGUUGUGGGAAAUGAGCCCCCGUCUGUGUCUCUGUUCCGCUGCAUCCAGAACAUGAACCCCGUCCAAUCGUUCAACACCUGCUACACAGGAGGUAUUGUGAAGCUGGAAGCUGGGGACUACCUGGAGCUUCUGAUCCCCCGUGCCACAGCAGACGUGUCCCUGAGUGGAGAUUCCACCUUUCUGGGUGCUGUCAAGCUGGCUUAAAGUGCGCCACCUCACACUGGACCAAAGGGAAGACACUGAGGUCAAUAAGUCCCAGAGAUGGAGGAAAGGCAGCAACAUACCGCAGUUCUUGGUAACCUUGCCUGAUUUGGUGUUGUGACAGAAACACAGGAAGCAGCCAUUUCAUCACUGGCUGAGUGACAGACUGUGUGACUUCUAGCUUGUUGAGCCUGAGCUGACAGAAAAGGGACAAAGGGUUUAGGGCACCGCCUUUCCUCUUUAUUAUGUUCAAUCCUUAUAUUCAUCUGUUCCAUACAUAUAUACAUUGUACGAAACUGUUAGUAUGCAAGUAUGCUUUCUUCAAAUAGUCACACACGGCAAGGUCCAGAUAUUAAUUACAUAAUCUUUCAUUCAGCAGCAACUGUACAACUAAAAUGGUUCUUCUUAUAUGCUUUAUUAUUCCAGAUAACAAGAUAAGCAAGCAAGCAUAUGCCUCAGUUGUUAUGAAUAUUCAGAUGCAAUAAAGUGAUCAUUCUUAAACAAGA